CCGGGCGGCUCGGCCUGGCCCUGCCCCGAGCUGCCGGGCGCAGGUGCUUAAAUAGCGGCGCCGGCUGCGCUGCCGCGUCCUUCGCGCCGCGGGAAGGGUGCGAGCGGAGCUGCCCCCGACCGGAGUCUGAAUUAUCAGGAGCGUAAGUGUCCGGUCUUCUUCCUGGAGAGCCCACGGCUCCCCAUACUGCUUCCACAGUGAGCUUUACGCCAUCUCUGUGAGAGGAUGGAAUAUCUCUGAAGGCUAUUCUGCUGACACAUAGUGUUCUCGUGGCUGAUGCUGGCAUACGACUGGGAGUGCACAGGUUGGCUUUUGAUGGAUGGUAGCCAAGAUCUCCGUGGUUGCUAUUCACCAUGGAGGACAGGAAGCUUAUUUAAGAAGAGAAACAGAAAGGACUUUAUUACCUGUAGAAGGAGAAGCAAGACUUAUGUGCUUUGAAAAGAUCUGCUGUAGUUUGCUGCCAUUUAAUGCUAACAACUCAUCUGCUUGAAGAGAUUCUGUUGUAAUGUAUCCAGUGGCUGUUCCUGCACCAGGAGGUGAAGGAAAUAACGGACAGCAUGGGAAACUUAUUUUUUUCCUUUUUGUUUUUGGAGCUGUGUUGCUGUGCGCUGGAUUCCUGCUUUCAGUCUUUAUUCUCCAGUCAUGCCCAUCCGGAACCUUUAGUGACUGUAAUGAGGUCCUUAAGGCUGCUGGGCCAGUGCUGGCUGUAACUGGACUGGUUUGUGUUUUGCUGGCACGAUCAAGGGCCAGGAUGUAUAUGAGACAAAGACAAUUGCAAAAUGAGCAGGUGUACAGCCUUGUUUUUUGCCAUGGGAACUGUCAGUUUGCCCAAUUUCUCAUAUUUGGAUUCCUGUUUUUAACUAGUGGAAUGCUAAUUAGCAUCCUGGGAAUUUGGGUUCCUGGUUGCAGCCCUGGCUGGCAUACCAUACAGUUCAACCACACCGGCAGUUCUGAUGUGAACCUCCAGGGCUGUGGAUUCCUGUCACUUCAAAUCAUGGGACCUUUGAUUGUGCUCACUGGGUUGUGUUUCUUCGUGAUAGCUCACGUUAAAAAGAAACAAAACUUAAAUCUCAACCACGAAUCUUGUGAAAGUGAAGAACAUCCUCAGAGCCCUGAAACUUUUCAUGUUACAGUAGGUGAUGCUGUAAUGGUAUUCCCACCCCCACCACCUCCUUAUUUUGCUGACCCUAUGUCACCAACUGUGACACAUUGUCUUAUGUCGAGUGUUUUGCCUGCAAGUGAAAAUCCUCCACCGUAUCACUCUAUCUUCACUAAUGGAGCACAGCUUGCAGAUGAUGAAAGAAUGGUUGCUGUUAGAGACUAUGAAACCAUAUGUACAAUUUCUGGAAGCAGCUCACCUGCAGAUAUUUUACCAAUGCUAUACCUCUGCUCUGAAUCUCCUCCAAAAUAUGAAGAAAAAGCAUCAAUAACAAAUAAUGAAUAUUCACCAUCUUCUUCCUCAUCUUUUUCAUCUAUUUCCAUAGCCACAUCUGACAUCAGCUCAUAGAAGACUGUCAGUUGACUUAAUUUUUAAAUUAAAUUGUACACAGAGAUUUACAAUUUUGAAUUUAUUUACAUUUUGUAAUAAAAGCAAUAAUGUUGGUUGCGUCUAA